CACUGCAGAGGAGCCUCCAAGCCCAACCAUGUGUACACCACUGCAGAGGAGCCUCCAAGCCCAACCAUGUGUACACCACUGCAGAGGAGCCUCCAAGCCCAACCAUGUGUACACCACUGCAGAGGAGCCUCCAAGCCCAACCAUGUGUACACCACUGCAGAGGAGCCUCCAAGCCCAACCAUGUGUACACCACUGCAGAGGAGCCUCCAAGCCCAACCAUGUGUACACCACUGCAAGCUUGAACAUGCAGUGGAACAAAAAGAAGAACCCAAAGUAUAAGUGUUUUCAUCUGACCGGUUCUGACCAUAGACAUUAAUCUGUCCAAAACUGGGGGGGACUAGGUGUCUCACCAAACAUCUACUUUAAAAUAGAAUGUCAUGCUGCUCUGUAUACUUGUAUUUAUAAUAAUAAUAAAAAUUAAUGUUCCUCGGGUACAAACCACUGACAAUCUAAAAUGGUCCACCCACACAGACAGUGUGGUGUAGAAGGCACAAGAGGCCUCAAGAGGCUGAAUAAAUUUGGCUUGGCACCAAAGACCUUCAUAAAGUUCUACACAUGCACCAUUGAGAACAUCCUGUCGGGCUGCAUCCCCGCCUGGCACGCUAACUGCACUGUCCACAACCGCAGGGCUCUCCAAAAGGUGGUGCAGUCUGCCAAAUGCAUCACCGGGGGCACACGGCCUGCCCUCUCGGACAUCUAUAGCACCCGGUGUCACAGGAAGGCCAAGAAGAUCAUCAAGGAACAAAGCUGGGACCAAGAGACUGAAAAACAUCUUAUAUCUCAAGGCCAUCAGACUGUUAAAUAGUCACCACUAGCCAGCCUCUGCACAGUACCCUGCCCUGAACUUUAGUCACUAUUUGAUCUCACACAUUUUUUGUGACAUAGAAACAACACUUAUUCAAGCAGUUUUGUCCAGUGGGUACAUGUUGCAUAAGCAUGAUUUAGCCUACUCCAACUACUCUAUAAGUAAACUAAAAAAAGAUAAGGUGUACAGCUGAUGUGCAGGUAUGAUUUAUUUGUUUUAUUUAUUGAGCUCAUGUCUCAGUUCUAGAAGGAACAUGUGAGUGGACCAGAAGCAGUGCCCUUUGAGCAAGUUGUUGAUUGACAGACAGAGCUCAUUGAUUACACACACAACCUGAGACUAGUACGCUAGUACUACAGUAUUAUAGUAGGGAGCCGAUUAGCCUGGACAGGUAACACAGUUAAAUCUGAGCAGGUAAACUCCUGCAUAUGUGGCAUGAAAGAGCAGACUCAUCUGAGCAGGUAAAGCAGCAAAACCUCAGCACGUGAAAGUCAUGACGUUGUGUGGUGACUAUCUCUUUGGAUCUGUGAGGCUGGAGGCUUUGAAGCGGUGGAGGGCAGGAUGGGGCUAUCCCACCACUCUGCUGUGCAUCUAUGGGUUUUUCAGUACUGUGAAACCUAUAGAACCUUUCCUCAUACCUUACCUGACAGGUCCAGACAAAAACCUGACAGUGGAAAAGGUGACCAAUGAGAUUUUCCCUGUGUGGACAUACUCCUACCUGGCUGUGCUGGUGCCCAUCUUCCUGCUCACCGAUUGGCUGCGCUACAAGCCUGUCGUGGUGUUCCAGUGCAUCAACCUCUUUGUUACCACGGCAAUGCUGCUCUGGUUGCAGGGAGUGGCAGCCAUGCAGGCAAUGCAGUUUGCCUACGCCGUAGUGACAGCCAGCGAGGUGGCCUACUUUUCAUACAUCUACAGCAUAGCGGAGCUGAAACACUACCGCAAAGCUACAUCCUACUGCCGUAGUGUACAGCUGCUAGGCUACACAAUGGGAUCUGUGCUGGGACAGUUGCUGGUCAGUUUCAACCUCAUGUCCUACAACAACAUCCUGGUACUUACCCUGGUGUUGAUCUCCAUCGCCAUAGUGACUUCCCUCUUCCUGCCCAUGCCACAGAGAAGCAUGUUCUUCCAUCGGAGUCAGGAGAGGCAUGAAACUGGGAAUGUAGAAGAACUGGACGCCCAAGAACUACCAGAGGCCCUAAGAAGAGAGAACAUGUGUGCAGGUGAUGGGGAAAUGGCAGAGUCCCCUGAGGAGCCAGUGAGAACUAGGAGCUGCAGCCAGGUUCUUAUCCAGCUGUGGAGAGACUUCCUCCAGUGUUACUCUACCAGGGAGCUGCUGUACUGGUCAGUGUGGUGGGCACUUGCCACCUGUGGCUAUAACCAGACAGUCAACUAUGUUCAGGUGCUGUGGCAGCACGUAGAGCCAUCCCAGAACUUCACAGUCUACAAUGGAGGGGUGGAAGCUGUGUCCAACCUAUUUGGAGCAGCGACAGCCUAUGGUAUUGGCUUCACCCAGGUGGAUUGGGCCCAGUGGGGAGAGUUGGCUCUGGGUUCAUUCUCUGGCCUGGGAGCUGCAGCUCUUUUUACAAUGACUUUCACAGCCAACAUCUGGGCCUGCUACGCUGGCUACAUUGUCUUCAAGUGCCUCUACAUUCUGCUCAUCACCAUAGCCAUGUUCCAAAUUGCUACUGAUCUCUCUAUGGAGAGAUAUGCACUGAUCUUUGGAGCAAACAACUUUGGGGCUUUGGUCCUUCAGACUAUCAUCACAUCUGUUGUGGUGGAUGGCAGGGGGCUGGGCUUGGGCAUCAUCCCACAGUUCAUCAUUUAUGGAAGCUACUUCUCAGCCAUCGCUGUCAUUUUCUUCCUGAGAGGUGUGUACACGAUAAUGAGAGUGCGGCAAAGCCACAGAGACUCCACCACUGCAGAGGAGCCUCCAAGUCUGAAAGACAGUGACACUUGCCCUGAACAAAGACUGAGCAGAAGAAACUGACCACUGGGCCCUGGGUUGGUUCGGUAGGCACAGAAUGGGAGAAAAUGUUUUGAAAUGGGGAGUUUCUACCUGAAUGUGUCCAAAAAUAAAGCACAUUUUGGUUUUCUGUUACAAAAUGUUUUGGUACAUUGUACCCUACUGAAUUAGACACCGAUGACAUUCCAGUCUGUUUGAUAUUUUUUACACAGUCUAUGGUUUAUUCCAGCAGCCAUACUCCUGAGCAAGAUCUCCACAUUCAGACUGCAACAUCUUCAUAGUGACAUACAGUGCCUUGCGAAAGUAUUCGGCCCCAUUGAACUUUGCGACCUUUUGCCACAUUUCAGGCUUCAAACAUAAAGAAAUAAAACUGUAUUUUUUUGCGCUUUUAACGGACCUCUGAGAACAUCACAGUGCAGGUGCAUUUAUACGGAGCCUUGAUUACACACAGGUGGAUUGUAUUUAUCAUCAUUAGUCAUUUAGGUCAACAUUGGAUCAUUCAAAGAUCCUCACUGAACUUCUGGAGAGAGUUUGCUGCACUGAAAGUAAAGGGGCUGAAUAAUUUUGCACGCCCAAUUUUUCAGUUUUUGAUUUGUUAAAAAAGUUUGAAAUAUCCAAUAAAUGUCGUUCCACUUCA